AUUAGUGGCAAACUUUUUAUCCUUCCAGUUUUAGUAUAACGUCGUCCAAAUUCAGCAUUUCUUGUGUCAACAAAUCAAAUAAUUUAAAUUUUGAUAAAAUUUCCGUACAAGUUUUAUAGUUCUGACCUUAAAAAGGAUUCGAAAUCAAAGGUAGUAGUAUCUUAUCAUGUCGCUCGCUGAAGAACUCUUGGCCGAUUUGGAGGACGGUGAUGAUGGCGAAGCCGAUGACAUGUUGGAGGCAGCCUACGCAAGCAGAAAUGUGAAUCCGGUCACCGGCCAGGUUGGAGAUGAUGGGGGACUAACGGCGAUGGAGACGGAUGAUGAUAACCGUCUUAACGCUGCUCUUCAUGAUCCAAAAAUUGUAUCCAUCCGACAAAUAUGCAAACUUCGAGAUUCAGAACAGUUUUCAAGGGUGAUGCGUCAAAUUGGUGAGAAUAUUAAUCAUGCCCGCUCCACAGACGAUGUCAUUGGUCCAGUCGAAGUUGAUCCGGAAUAUCAAUUAAUCGUGGAGGCGAAUGGUCUAGCGGUCGAAAUUGACAACGAGAUCAGCACGGUCCAUAAAUUCACCAAGGACAAGUACAACAAAAGAUUUCCCGAAUUAGAGUCCUUGGUUGUUAGCCCGUUAGAAUAUUUAAAAACUGCACGGGAACUGGGAAACGAUUUGGAACGUGUAAAAAAUAAUGAAAAGUUGGGAACAUUUUUAACCCAGGCCACAAUCAUGGUGGUAUCAGUGACUGCUUCCACAACUCAAGGCCAAGUCGUAUCUGAGGAUGAGCUACAAAAGAUUUUCGAAGGAUGCGACAUGGCCCUCGACCUCCAUGAGUUAAAAUUAAAGAUUUACGAAUAUGUCGAAUCUAGAAUGCAAUUUAUUGCUCCAAAUAUGUCCAUAAUUGUUGGAGCCGCAACUGCAGCAAAAUUGAUGGGUUUGGCUGGAGGAUUGACAAAGCUCAGUAAAAUGCCGUCUUGUAACAUAUUGACUUUGGGGUCUCAGAAGAAAAUAUUGUCAGGAUUUUCACAAUCGGCUAUGCUGCCCCACACUGGAUUUAUAUAUCAUUGCGAUUUGGUCCAGGAAUCUCCUCCGGAUAUGCGGCGUAAAAUGGCGAGAAUGUUGGCCAACAAAUGUACUCUUGCUGCCAGAGUUGACGCUUCUCAUGAGUCUUCUACUGGAGAAAUCGGUAGAAGUUUAAGGGAGCAGGUGGAAAAGACGUUAGAGAAAAUGUUGGAGCCUCCUCCUGUCAAGUCCGUAAAGGCGUUGCCUAAACCAGUAGAUCCUCCGAGGAAGCGCCGAGGUGGGAAACGAGUCAGAAAGAUGAAGGAAAGAUUUGCUGUCACGGAGCUUCGAAAACAAGCCAACCGUACAACAUUUGGAGAUAUUGGAGACGACGCCUACCAAGAGGAUCUUGGCUAUAACCGUGGCACUAUGGGGAAAAACGGUAGCGGUAUGAUAAGAACUGCUCAAAUUGAUGAGAAAACUCGAGUCCGCAUUUCUAAAACCUUGACCAAGAAUUUGCAAAAGCAGCAAGUAUUUGGAGGAACCACCACAAUUAAGAAGCAGAUCUCAGGAACCGCUUCUUCUGUAGCAUUUACUCCAUUGCAGGGCUUGGAAAUUGUCAAUCCGCAAGCUGCAGAACGUCGUGUUAGCGAAGCUAAUGCAAAAUACUUUUCCAGCAGUGGAACCUUCCUUAAUGUGGCUAAACCAACUUAGAUUAACAAACAUUCUGUAUUUUUUUAAGUUCAAACGAUGUUGAGUGAAUACAUCAGAGCAAAUACCACGAACAGUUUAUUAGAUGAUUGUAAAAUAAAAAUUAUACCAUUUUUAA